GCGGCGUUGGUGGACACGAUUCACGAAGUCUGCCACUAUACUAUUGGAUUGGGUUUUGGGUCUUCAUUCGGCAUUCCCGUACGCGUCCGCCACGAACACGGUCCGUCGACGACACGUUCCCGCCAGUUUUUUGUGUUUUUUACAAUAUUAUUGUUUUUUUUUUUGGCAUAAUAAAUAAAUUGUGGUCAUCACGCGUAUUAUCGAAACAUAUUUGCACUUGCGGUACAACCGGCAUCGUUCACUUCGAUCAUCAGCUGCUGCAGUGCGUUAUCAUCGCGGUCUUAACAGUUUUAAUAAUAACGAUCGUUUUUCCCUCGAUCCAUCACGUCCUCCAACCCCCCGAGUGUCGAGUGUUUGUUCGUCGCGCGAUAACCGUGUAUAGUUCGAAAACACGUUCCGGUAUAACAUAAUAAUAUAAUAUUAUUUUUUCCGAUUGUUGCCGCUGAUGCGAAAUUGUGUCGCGUUUUCUACGUUAGCGCCGCCGUCGCGUUGUAAAGACAAAAUUAUUCAAACGUAGAAAUAUAAUAUGAGAAUGAGCGACAUGACCGUGUGCCCUGUGGCCGGCCGACAAUCGUUUUUCGACUCGUUCACCGUCGUCUCCAAAGCCAUCGGACAGUUAGAAAAACUUAUGUCCGGCAAACAAACCGAAAACGAAUGGAAGAGUUCGCAGUGCAAUUCUCUGACUUCGUCGGCCAAAAAAACCCACAAGAAAGAAAACUCGCUGUUGAAAUUCUUGGCUUUGAACGCUCUCGAGUUGAGCGCACCCGCCAGUGAUGUGUUGCUGCGCAACAACAACACGACCACGGCUGGGACGGCAACGGAUACCGAAGUGCGAAAUGUCAAGUCUCAAGAAACAGCGGCCACCAACGUCCAGUCGGCGACUUGUAGGUCGGCCACGGGCGUCCCUCAACAACAGUCGUGGUUCCAGCUGUCUGGACAUCCGGACUGUUUCGCACCUGCUGGCCUGGGCACGAUAUGGAAGAAGUGCAGUGGCGGCACCGAGCGAGACGUGUACGAAGCCCUUUCCAACGAGCCAAGUCUUCAAGACAUCGUGCCCAAGUAUUACAGGGAAGUCGAGUACAACGGACAGACGUUCAUCGAGCUGCAAGACUUGCUGUACGGCUUCCGGGACCCCAACGUCAUGGACAUCAAAAUGGGCACGCGCACUUUCCUGGAGUCGGAAGUGAAAAACUCUUCGGCGCGACAAGACCUGUACCUCAAGAUGAUCGCCGUGGAUCCCGAAGCACCGAAUGCCGAAGAACGCAAAUUGCAAGCGGUCACAAAACUACGAUACAUGCAGUUCAGAGAAGAACAGAGUUCCACGUGCAGUCACGGUUUUAGAAUUGAAGCUAUGAAGUUUCGAGGUUCUCCACCCGUAACGGACUUGAAGACUGUGAAGAGCGACGAAGAGGUGAAUAACACUCUUGCUUUGUUCCUGGGUGACCGCCAUGACAUCAAACAAAGGCUGGUCGCCAGACUGAAUGAAAUACGGUCGAAAUUGGAUCGUUCUCAUUACUUUAAAACUCAUGAAAUUGUGGGUAGCAGUAUCUUGAUUAUAUACGACGAUACUAAGAUCGGUGCUUGGCUGAUUGACUUUGCCAAAACAAGACACGUACCCGAGAGCACAGUACUUACCCACAGACGACCAUGGGUGCCUGGAAACCACGAGGAGGGCUUCUUAUUCGGUCUCGAUCAUCUCAUAGAGUCAACUGAGAAUUUACAUACACCUGUCUCAAAAGAUUCUGUAGCGCCGUCGAGCUCUAUUAAAGUGGAAACUUGAAAAUUUUGUUCUUCAACUUUCUUGUGGAAUUCAUCUAGUCAACAAUAUUUUCACCUACACUACACCGAGACAAACGUGGUUCACAUCCUCGUUACUAUCACGUGUUAACAUUUUUACACGAUAACUAUUUUUUUCUUUCGUUCUUAAAAUAAAUUUUAAGUGGUAGGCAUGUAUAAAUAAUAUUAUAUUGUUUUUUUUAAAUAUUAAUUCAGUCAGUGUUGACUGACGCGACUGAUUUUGCCUGAGCAUUUGUAAUCGGAGAACUCAUUAAAGAUGCGUGAGAAAAAAAUGAAUUAUUAAUUUGGCUUUAUACUCAUACUACAACGGGUUUAUGUACCUAAAUUCUCGAUUCCAGUAUUAACAUUGUAUAAAUAUUACGCAUUUUUAUUUUUAACUCUUUUUUGUAUUUACAUAAUAUACAUUUAUUUAUAUGUACA